AUGCAAGAAGCCAGGAGCAGGCAGUACGGAGCCGGGAGGCACCCGCAGAUGAAUUCCUCGGCGUGGCCGACGACACCAUCUAGGCCUUACUCGUUAUUCCCGCCAGAGCAUAGACGCGGCAACUCGGGGUCGCAUCCCUCACCCGGGUUUGCGAGGCCGGUGCCCACGCCAGCGCCGCGGCCGCCGCCGAUGACGACGACGACGACGACAUCCCACAGCGCCACGAUCGGUGGAGGUUGGGGCCGCAACACAACCGAAGCGGCGGGCGCGAGGGCCCCUCACCGAGAACCCGAACUUGACGAGUGGCCGACGUUCGCACAGUACAACACGACGCCGCCGCUGGAUGCUCCGACAGAAAGCUCCCGGAAGUCCGAUUCGGGAAAGGGCAAAAGGAGCAAAAGGAGGAAGGGGAGCCUCCGUGGCCUGGUCGACGACGAAGAGCGACGGUCCAGGUUCGCGCAUGUGUCGAUGCGGACACUGCAUGUGCUCUCGCAUAUGGCGUUGUGCAUCGUGGUGCUUUAUGUUAUGUUCAUGUUCUUGGCGAUGCCGGCCGUGACCACCACGCGGAACAAAAAACUAAACGCAAUCUUGAACGAGCGCAACGACCUCAACCGCAAGGAGGCGUUCGGCCUCGUGACGGUACUCUCGGUCGACGUCAUCCUGGACCUGUACGGACUGUGGGUGUGCCGGAGCCAUUGGUCCCGCCCGGCGCUGGCGGCGCGUCUCGUGGUGGGCGGCGGCUACAUCACCAUGUUUGCCGUGUACUACGCGCUCGGGGGCCGCGUCUUCCCAUCGCAGUUUACCUUUUUCGGCAUGAAGCGCAGCUUCGCGGCCCCUUUCCUGUACCUCUUCAUGUGGACGCUCGGGACGUGGAACGUGCUGUGGGUGGUCAUGUACCGACACUGGCUGCUGGGGAAAGGGCGGCGUGGCGACGACGAAGGGGGCACGGGGCUGGGCGGCAGCAGCCGCGGUGGCGGUGAGUUCCGCUCACAGGACGACGCGGUGGCACAGCAUCAGCAUCAGCAGCACGCGAGGAAGGACAGCUCCGCAUCGAGUGCCUCUUCGGCGUGGCGACGGCCGAUCUGGCCGUUUUUGAGAAAGGGGUCGUUGGACGACGACGACGACGCGACGACGAUAAGGGUCAACGAGGAGCAGCAGCAGGAGGUCCGUCCGGGGCUCCAGGCGUUACCGCCGGGGUAUCUUGAUUCGAUUCGGCUGAGCCAGUGGAGGAAGGGGAGGAAUACUUGGGGGAACGGGGUCGGGGAUGGGAUUGAUGCGAGGCAUGAGAGCGUGGAUUUGCAGUCGGGUCCAAGGAGUCAACAACCUUGGAGGGGUGGCUGA